AAUUCACCAUCAUGCUGUCUAUUCGAAUGAUAGGAAUUUCACUUUCGCGGCAAAUCAAAACAAAAGCACACGGGAAUAACAUGAACUUACCCACAUCCAAUCACACCCCGCCUCCCACUUAUUUUCCAAAACACCACCGCCACCACCUAGUUUCGCCGGCCGUUGCAACCAAAGACUGUCAUCUCCGGUAAUGAUAACAUCCCAGCCGAAUCAAUACGACGACGAAUAAUUUAUGUCUAAGAAAGAAACCACUUCUAACAUAAAAGAUGGUAAAAACAAUGAUAAGGCUAGUGCUAUACGAUCCAAGCAUUCUGUUACUGAGCAGCGAAGACGCAGCAAGAUUAAUGAGAGAUUUCAGAUAUUGAGAGGCCUCAUACCUCAUAGUGAUCAAAAGAGAGAUACGGCAUCAUUUCUAUUAGAGGUGAUCGACCAUGUCCAAUUUUUACAGGAAAAAGUGCAAAAAUAUGAGGGUACAUACCAGGAUUGGAGUUCUGAACCCACAAAAUUGAUGCAAUGGUGCUAUGACUUGGGACUCAAAUUUCUCUUAGAAUCUUUGGCUUCUCUGUUUAGCUACAUCAGUUGCUUUUCUAUUUCCUUUGCUCAGAAAGUCCAGUACCCUUUGCCUCUCUAUCUGCAAGAAGUAUUUAAAAGAAAUAGUCACUGGCUUGUUCAGAGUUUUGCUGGUCAACCGCAUGCCAAAAAUGGUUCUGAUCCAGGAUCAAUUUUUCCUAGGAAAUUUGAUGACAGUGUUAAUCCAACCAUGCUAACAAGCUCACAGAACCCAUUAGAGUCUGAUCCUAGCAGGGAUGUUGCCUGCAAAAUAGACCAGCAAUCGGAGUUAGCAAACAAGGGAAUAUCUCUGCCCACGUCUUUGCAGGGGAACAUACCGUCUGCUAUAAGAAAUGAUAUUAUGCUUGUGCAUCCUCUUCACAGAUCGGUUUCUGAUGCACAGUCUAAUGAGUGUCCUACUGCUGGUGAUAUAGUUAACCAAGAGGAGCUGACAGUUGAAGGGGGGACAAUUAGCAUAUCAAGUGUCUACUCCCAAGGGUUGUUGAAUAGUCUGACUCAAGCACUGGAGAAUGCUGGUCUAGAUCUGUCGCAGGCCAACAUCUCAGUGCAGAUUAAUCUGGGGAAGCGAUCAGACAGAAAGUUGAUGUCUGGAACUUCCAUUGAGAAGGAUCCUGAAAAUAACCUCUCUGGCAAUUAGGGCAUGCAAAACUUAGGAAUUAAGCAGCAGUGUAGACUCAGAUCUCAGAAGUGGUUGAAGACACACAGCCAGUAUGGCAUGUUCAGUGUCUUUGUUUUUGCCUUUAAUUUUUCUUCCGUCCUUUCUUCCAUUCUGUUUCUAUUGGUUUUUCUCCUUCAGUUGUUGUACAGGCAUGCAUUUGGUUUCCUUGAGUUGUGCCAUAUAUUGUGGGACUCAUAUUAAGCCUAACAACUUGAAUUGUAUGUUUAUGUAUUUGGUCAUGUGAUUUAUGUUCAGGGGAUGCCAUUUCCUUUACUGUGUAUCAUAUAUAAUGAUUUAAAUUAUAUGAAGUAGGGACCGGUUGGGGUCCAAUUGCUUGGA